AUGGCAAGCAAAAACGACGCAGACCCGAAUCUGCAAGAAAUCCAUGACUUCCUUAUUGAUCUGGCAAUUAAGGCAGGCAAAGUAAUUACCAGCAGCUUGCCACGAAUUGAUUCGACCGGCUCAAAGAAAAACAGUUCCGAUCUGGUCACUGAGUAUGACCGCGCUGUUGAAAGGAUGGUUUCCGAAGCCUUGAAGACACACUAUCCAAAUUACGACUUUCAUGGAGAAGAGACUUAUGAUCCUGCACACCCUCUUACGGAUGCUCCCACUUUCAUCGUUGAUCCCAUUGAUGGUACUGUGAACUUCGUGCAUGGCUUUCCUAGUUCGUGCAUCUCCCUAGGGUUUGCAGUAAACCGCAAACCAGUCGUCGGGGUAGUAUACAAUCCAUUUACAGAAACGCUCUACUCUGCAAUCCAUGGCCAAGGAGCGUUCCUCAACCGCAAGACCCCCCUGCCGCUGAAGGGCACCGACACCGAACCUCUGAAUGGUCUCAAUAAUGCCCUCAUUGGUUUGGAAUGGGGAUCCGAUCGUAGUGGCCGAAACUGGGAGACAAAAGUUCGUACAUUCGAGAAUCUAGGCAAAACCCGGGAGGAUGGCGGGGCAAUGGUCCAUUCAAUACGGAGUAUGGGAUCUGCUGCCCUUAAUCUCUGUGCUGUAGCAUCAGGGACGCUCGAUUUAUACUGGGAAGGUGGAUGCUGGGCAUGGGAUGUCUGCGCUGGAUGGGUCAUAUUGACAGAGGCGGGCGGUAUCGUGGUGGGUGGAAAUCCCGGUAAAUGGGAUGCCGAGCUCGAUGGACGAACCUACUUGGCUGUCAGGCCUUCACCUAACGGGCAAGGCAUGAUGUACCAUUGUGAGACAAGUCGUGAGUCAGCUGGGACAGUGAGAAAAGAAUUACACGGACAUAUAAAGGGACUGCAAGACCGAAAGUCGAAUACCAGACUCAAAGCCGAGGCCUCAUCAGAGGAACGUGCUCCGUCCGCUGCCAUAUCUCGCAAUCUCGAACCCAAACAGCAAAGUGUUCGAACACAUGAUCCGGUGAAGCUGACGAUGGUGAUAUCGGGUAAUAUUCCAAGACAAGAACGAAGGGAAACGUGUUCUAAAGUACACCUCAAGGGUCAAAACGAAUCAAAAACACUUCACUUUUCCUCGCAGGAAACGGGAAACAGUGGCUAUAUGGAUCCAAGGUCUAAAAAGACCAGCCCUCGGCCGUCCAGAAACAUCACGUCUGGACAAAAAACUCAGACGAGGAGGAAAUCGUCGGAAACGGGCCAUAAGCGCACCAAUGGAGCAUCCUUCGCGUCCUCUGGAAAACAGCCGGCGAAAAGCGGUAGAUCGGACCUGCAUAGACAUGCUUCUCAAAAUGAGAGGUUGUCCGUCUUCGAUCCUACGCAAAACCGUCGUCAGGGCAGGCGUCAUGUCUCCCGACCUUCAACAACAAUUGCGAAGAAACCUUCGGAAGAUAAAGUUGAGGGGAUCGCUUCUCCAAACAAAGGGAGCCGUAAAUCUGCUGUAAGCAAAUCUGCAAAGCUCCGAUGCUCACAUCGAAUGUGUCAUGCAUGUUUGAAACGGAUCUUCAUCAUGUCUGUGACUGAUCCGCAACAUAUGCCACCGAAGUGCUGCACAUCCGACCAUAUUCCUCUCAAGCAUGUCGAAAAGCUUUUCGAUGUGAAAUUCAAAAUGAAAUGGAACCGUAAAUAUCAAGAAUACACGACGAAAAAUCGAAUAUAUUGCCCCGCUAAAGGCUGUGGGGAAUGGAUUAAGCCAAAUCAUAUCUUUGUCGACACUAGCUCUGGAGCCACGGGCGGUCGCAAAUAUGGAAAAUGUAGUCGAUGCAAAACAAAGGUAUGCUGCAUUUGCAAUGGCAAAUGGCAUUCAGGAAAGGACUGCCCCAAAGACGAAGAUACCAAGAGGUUUGUGGAAAUGGCAAAGGAAAAGGGCUGGCAACGCUGUUACAAUUGUUCCGCUAUGGUCGAAUUAAAGGAGGGAUGCAAUCAUAUGACAUGUCGCUGCUCUGCUGAGUUUUGCAUGAUCUGCGGAUCAAAGUGGAAAACGUGUGAUUGUCCAUGGUUCAACUAUACCACUGGAGAAGGCGACAGGCUGAAUUACAUGAACGUGCCUCAGAUAAUCGGAGCUUUCGAUGACGAGAACGGAGGAGACCAGAGGAAUCGCAUGCGUUAUCAAGAUGAACUGGAUAUGAGAAGAGAGCAGGAACGGCAAGACGAAGCUCUUGCUCGACGAUUACAGCUACUUGCCGUGGAUGACGACGAUCGCCCUCCCAGGCAAGCAGAUCAUGGGAUAUUGGAUUUUGGAAAUGCAACGGCUCACUUCCUAAACGAACAUUUCAACUAUACACCGAAUGUCUCGGGUUAUAAUGCUGGACCCGCUCAUCAUGGUGGGCAGGCCACAACAGAAAACGAUAUCUGGGGGUUUCGUACCAAUACGCCGUCUCCUCCUCCAGACCGAUCGACGCCGAGAAGUAGACGAAAUCGGGGCAGGCAACAAUCUUUUGUCACAACUGAUCCUCCCUUUGGCAGAAGUGCUUCAAGGAUUCGAUGA